AUGGGGAGCGCCGAUGCUUUGAACAAGGUUACUAUCAAGAAUAAGUAUCCUAUUUUGAGAAUUGAUGAUCUGAUGGAUCAGUUGGGUGGUUCUUGGAUGUUUAACAAGAUUGAAUUAUGGUCAGGUUAUCAUCAGAUUCAUGUAAAGUCAGACGAUAUUUCGAAGACUGGGUUCAAAACAAGAUAUGGUUACUAUGAGUAUUAUAUGGAUCUAGGUUGUGCGUUAAUGCAUAAUGGAGUUGAAUAUGUAUUCGAUCAGAAGGAUUUGAAUAUGAGGCAGAGGAGGUGGCUUAAAUUUCUGAAGGAUUAUGAUUUUGGCUUGAGUUACUAUCCUAGUAAAGCCAAUGUCAUAGUUGAUGCCUCAAGUAGAAAUUCGUUGCAUAUGUCGAUGCUUAUGGUUCAAGAAAUUGGGGUUAAUCGAGCAAUUCAGAGAUCUAAGUCUGUUGUGUGA